AGGCUGCGGUCAGUGGGUUGACGGGUGGGUACACUGGGCUUGGGGAUGUCCCAGCCUUGGUGGUGGGGACAUUCACGACCGGGGGGGUCAGGGUAUGGUCACCCCGGAGGGGGGUCAAGGGAAGGAUGGGGCACAGGUCCCAGGCUCACCAUGUGGAUGGUGAAUGUUGGUCUCGGAGCUGGCAGGGAGCUGCAUGCCAGGCACCUGCGGCCCCACGGGCCCCCCUGCUCCCCAGGGACCUUAGGGGAAGAUGCACAGCAUCAGGCUGAGCUGAGGGAUGCCAGAUGCACGGAACAGGGCCAAGCCACCACCCUGCUCCUUGUGCUUGCUGAGCCAAACACCUCAGCAGCGCAGGAGGGUGCUGCUGAGGGUGGGCAGCCCGGGGGGCUGAGGGCUGGUCUCCCGCCCUCUCCCUGCAAAGGAGCAACCCAGCCCAGCAGCCCUGCACCCCAUCUUGUCUUGCCGCUGGCCAGGCUCCCCAGCUCCCCAGCAGGGUCAGCAUUGCAGCUCCUGCACCCUCAGGGCCAGCAGCUGAAAAUAGCUAUGUGGAGGCGGGGGUGCUGGUGGGGUGGCAGCCAGGGCCCCUGCUUGCCCAGCAGGCGGCAGGCAGUGGGUGCUGCUCCGAGGGGGCUCAGGACACGAGGACACCAGCUUGCUGCGGACAAGGAUAGAGCUGAGGACAUUUUCUGCCUUAAAGAAAGGCAGAGAGGAAAUAUGACAAGGCAAGGGCUGAGUGGCAGCAUGCUUGCAACAUCUCCCUACAUCCACUGAAGAGAACGGAGAGCAGCACAGAGAUGAUGCUGUUGAGGGGAGAUGCUCAGGGAUGAUGCUGGCCAGGGAAGAUGCUCAGCCAAAGCCUGGCCUCUCCCCAUGGCAUGCCUGGGGCUGAUGCAUCCCCAUGUUUGGUGUCACCCUAAGACUGCCUCUCUCUUCCGUCCAGGCAGGCUUCACCCCCCUCCCACAGAGCUGCCCCAGGAGCACGGCAGCAAGUGAUGACCAUCAUGAGACCGGGCCCUGAAGCCGAGCCCCAGCUGGACCUGGGCAAGAAGGUGAGCACAUCGCAGGACCUGAUGAUUGAGGAGCUCUCCCUGCGGAACAACCGUGGCUCCCAGCUCUUCCAGCAGCGCCAGAGGCGGAUGCAGCGCUUCAUCAUCGAGCACCCCAGCAACUACAGGGAGCUCCCAGGGCCGGGAGCGGGUGGCUCAUACCGCACCAAGAAAGGUGACGUGGACGGAACUGCAAAUGAGUGGAUGGCAGGGGAGGAUGCUGGGGACCAGCAGAAUUAUCACUCUGAGCUCCACGUGGCAGCAUCACCCCAGGGCAGCCCCCCUGAAGUGCCCAAGAAGACAGAGAAAGUCUUGCAGAUGAGCAAAGUCCUCAACCCUGACGCUCUGGCCCCAGGGUACUCGAGCCCCCUCAAAGAAGUUCCCCCAGAGAAGUUCAACAUCACCGCCAUCCCCAAGGGCUACCGCUCCCCGUGGCAUGAGCUCCUCGGUGACAAGGACAAUGCUGUGCACAGUGAGAACCAGCUGCCCAUGAGACCCUCUCCAUGGGACUUCAGGAGCUUCAACAGGAAUCCCACCCCAUUUGACAGAGCACUGGUCAGCGACCUGUUCUCCAUGCCUGCCACAGAGCUGGAUAACCUGAGCGCUCUGGAGGUGAUCUCCCACAGACGCAACUUCAACAGAGUGCCACAGGGCUGGGCACGGAUUCUGCCAGAAAGUGAUGAGCUGUAGUACAUGUCUCCCUUCCCCAUCGCCACGGAUGCUUUUCUCGCUAGACUCAAACAUACUUCGCACGGUAGGGGAGAGGGGAGUAAGUAUUCUCUGUGAAAGCUAAGCUAGUGGUCUCGGGUUGUCAUCUUCAACAGGAUUUGAAGAAGCUCAAGUCUGGGACCAUUUUGAAUUCCCCUCAUACCAGCCACUGUCACAAGGGCAUUUAGUGCUAAGCUAACCAGCCAAGUUCUCAUCGUUAACACAGGCAGAUCCCUGUAAGCUCCCGUACAAAACAUCCCAUACAGCCUGUCCUCUUCCCGGCCUCAUGGAAAAUGGCAGGACCACCAGCUGUACCACACUAAGCUGUCUCACUGCUUUUUCACUGACACACAAGACCUGCUCCAACAGCUGAGGCCUUUGCAAGGAAAUUCCAUCUUCAGGGCAACUCUACAUCAGUCAUUCCAGUCAGGACAGCGAGAGGAGGUGAUAAUUGAAGAGCAGCAACAGAACAAGUUACCAGAGGCAUUGGCACAUUAAAAAGCAGUUACCUUGGGCUUGGCUGGACAACAGAAACUAAUGAGGAGCUGGGAAUCUGCCCGUUUACCAACACAACACAACCAUACAGGAGAGGAACACUGGGAGUUGAAACUUGUGCUCUGUUUUCCACAAGCUAGUGGCUAGCACUUGGCAGCUGAUAUUUUCCCCUUCCUACUGUUAUUUGCAUGCCUUGCUUAAAGAUCUAAGUUUUUUGACUGACUUAAGCCAGAUUUGCUUCAUAUAGUUGGUCAUCAAGGAUCAGGCUCUGUCUGAACCUGCUGCACUGCAGAAUUGCACCAGUCUGAAGAUAUUGCCAGGGUAUUCUGGUAACUUCAGCAUCAGCGGGAAGGAAAAGCAGUGCAGCCGUGACUCCAGAGCAAGCACGGGCUUCCCCAUCAACGUGAAAAUCAGACCUGAGGAUUCACCUACACAAACGUUUUCAGCAGUGACACACAGUGGGACGCGCAGCUAACAGUCUAUAGGACAGUUGUCAGAACAUCUAGCAAACCCAGCUAACAAAAAUCUCUACCGUAACAGAGGCUUUCUACAACGGCUUUUGUCAGGUUCUUAAUGUUACCCUAAUUUAAUCUUGCAAAAGCAGGAGCAUCAGCAUAA